AUGCAACUAUUUCGUUGGUGCCUAAUUAUUCUAUUGAUACAAUUCGUAGUUUCUAUCAGACAGGUGAAUGUUCAAAAACAGUGGUACAGGUAUCCAGGGAAUCCUGGAGUGCGGAUACGGCUGACAAAGAAAGGAGCAAAUCAUAUAAAAACAGUUGGUGUUCAAAUAUUCAAUGAUUAUAUUUCACAGCUGAAAGGCUACUCCACCUCAAUGCCAUUCUCUCAAAUUGGCAUCAACGGAAUUGUGAAUCUCAAAAACUUGCACGUUAAAAACUACAGACCUCCUCAGGUACUUUCCUCCCGAAACCGGUCGUUUAUCUUUUUCUCACUUUUUUCUCACUUGCGUAACGAAACAAAUCAACUACGAUUUUACGCACGAAAAUUGAUAAGAAGCUAUGAUUUAUCACUGCGUCGCGCAACUGUAUCGGUUCUGAACUUUUUGCCGCCGCGACAUGUCGUUCUGGGUCUGGAGAAUCUGGAUAUUGGACUUGGAUCGGAUUUCACAGCAAAUGCAGUACCGAUAGUGGUAGAAGGGAAUCUGAUGGGAACGAUAAGUGGUAUGACAGUGGCAUUGACUACAGAGCUAUUGACUGAUGUAACAGGAAAAAUGAACGCAGUGGUCAGAAACUGCUCCGCUCUUAUUGCCAACAGCCACAUCACCAUCAAUCCCACUGGACCUAUGGGAAUAUUUGUGAAGACUUUUGAGCCAAUGAUCAAUGAUUCGGUACGACAGCGGAUCCCAGAGAUUUUCUGUAGCCGUUUACAAAAUUUAGUCGAGAAGAAUAUAUCGAAACUUUUCGAAUUUAUCACUAAAAUCAAUUUGGAGGAUUACUUCCCCAAAAUGGACAAGUCGGAGAGGGAUGUGAUGAAUAUGUUCAUAUCCCAUUUGGCAAAAGGAAUGUAUGUGGAUAACCGAAUGAUAACUCAGCCAUUGCUAACUAUGGAUUAUAUCGAAACAAAUCAUCAAGGAGAAAUUCAAUUCGAAUCGCUAUCCGGGCCAACUCCAUUCUUUCCCAGACCCAUGGAACAAAUGUUCAGAGAGCCCCUUUCUGAUCAUAUGGCCCAUUUUUAUGUAUCGGAUCAUCUCCUGAAUAGCAUGCUUUAUUAUGCUUAUCAGGAUAAUAGACUGGCUCUAAAAAUCGAUGAAUCGAAUCUGCCAAAGGAGAUGAAGAGCUUUGUGUCUACGCAGUGCCCAUCCAAGAGGCAUCAGACUUUUGUUUGUGUGGGAUACUUGGUUCCAGAAAUUGGGAAGCUCUAUCCUGAUUCAACUACAUCAUUUGCCAUCCUACCGCAUGGCCUUCCAUAUGUGAUGUUUAAUAGAGAUGGGAUGGCAGUGGAGAUCAAAAAUCGAAUCCUGACUUAUGCCAUCCCAGAUGACCCUGCUCAAUCUAGAAAUCGAUCUCAAAUUCUUGUAUUCUCAAUAAAUGGUCAAGCUGACAUCAAGUUCUCCCCCACUAGCGAAAGUCUAAAUGCCCGAAUGAAUUUGAAUAGAUUCAACGUACGAUUGCAUCGUUCGGCAGUUCGUGGAAUCGAUGAGACAUCUAUUGCUAGGCUUUCGCCGCUUUCGAAGACGUUUAUCGCUCCGAGACUCAGUGCGGCUGUUGAAAAGGCGGCACGUUUUCCAUUGCAAGACACCAUUAAAUUCAUAAAUCCAGUCAUCAAAAACUACGAUGGCUUUAUCAGUUUAUCAACUGAUUUUCAGUUGGAAAAGAAGAAAAUUAAAUCCAUUGUCAGGAAUUCAAUUGAGUUUUAA